AUGACACGUGCUGGCUUCAAGGGUAAGGUGCUCGGUAAGGAGCGCAAGCAGGCGCUGCUGGAUGCCCGCAAGAAGGCUGUUGCCUCCCGCAAGGCGCGUGACGACCGCCGCUGGAAGCGCGUGCUGGCGAAGAUGGACUCUGAGAAGCGCAAGAAGUAUCACGGCGUUGGCAACACCGCUGAGCGCUCGCGCGUGCGUGGCUCUACCCGUGCCGCGCUUCGCAAGCAGACCGGCCGCAAGCCUGACAACAUCACUGUGGAGGCAACUAUCCACCUGGCGAAGCUGCUCAAGAAGAAGACCUUCCACAAGCGCGCGCCCAUCGCCAUCAAGCGCAUCAAGGCCUUUGUUGGCAAGCUGAUGAAGACGAAGGACAACCGCAUCGACGCCUCUUUGAACACGUACAUUUGGCACAAGGGCGUGAAGGGUGUUCCUGGCCGUGUUCGCGUGCACGUG